AUGGCCGUAGGAAAGAACAAAAGAUUGUCAAAGGGCAAGAAGGGCUUGAAGAAGAAGGUCGACCCAUUCGCGAGGAAGGACUGGUUCAACAUCAAGGCCCCAUCCACCUUCGCCAUCCGAGAUGUCGGCAAGACGCUCGUGAACCGCACGACCGGUCUCAAGAACGCCAACGACGCCCUCAAAGGCCGCAUCCUCGAAGUCUCGCUCGCCGACCUGCAAAAGGACGAAGACCACUCCUUCCGCAAGGUCAAGCUGCGCAUCGACGAGGUCCAGGGCAAGAACUGCCUCACCAACUUCCACGGCCUCGACUUCACCUCCGACAAGCUGCGCUCGCUGGUCCGCAAGUGGCAGACUCUGAUCGAGGCCAACGCCGUCAUCAAGACCACCGACGACUACCUGCUACGUCUGUUCUGCAUCGCGUUCACCAAGAGGAGGCCUAAUCAGAUCAAGAAGACUACGUAUGCGCGGUCGUCGCAGGUGCGCGCGAUCAGGAAGAAGAUGGUGGACAUCAUGCAGAAGGAGGCAUCGGCAUGCUCGCUCAGCCAGCUUACCACCAAGCUCAUUCCCGAGGUGAUUGGGCGUGAGAUUGAGAAGAGCACGCAGGGCAUCUACCCGCUGCAGAACGUCCACGUCCGCAAGGUGAAGCUGCUCAAGGCACCCAAGUUCGAUCUCGGCAACCUCCUCUCGCUCCACGGCGAGUCCUCCACCGACGACUCCGGCCAGAAGGUUGAGGGCAACAAGGAGUUCAAGGAGCAGGUGCUGGAGACUGUGUAG